AGCUUCUUACAACAUUGGCCACAAAUCCUCAGGUUUGGACAAUUAGUCCUAUGGAAGGAAAACGCAGAGAUGAAUUACCACCUUUGCUCUCCUACAACCAUGGAGGUUCAUCCAUGAACAUCAUCUCAAAAAUAGACCCAAAAACACAACUAUAAAUGCUGAAUGAAUUCUCACAACAAAAAACAAAUCAACAAUCCUUCUCUUUUUGAAAUCCAUACAAAAUAUGAAUUCUAAAUACUUCAUCAAUGGCCUUCAAGUAGCCAUUUUGGCCCUAUUCUUGUCCUCAUCUUUCUCUUCUGCUCACUUGAAGUUGAAACCCCCUCCUAUGCCACAACCCACCACAAAUCCACAACCUUCAGUACCACAACCUACUCCAAAUAUUCCACAACCUUGUACAAAUCCGCAACCUACUAAAAAUCCGCAACCUUCGACACCACAAGCUUCCCCGUCAGGCGAUCCCUCUGAUGGUUCUAUCAGUUACCAAGGAACUUUCAAGAAGGUGUAUGCAUUUGGAGACUCAUAUACGGAUACAGGAAAUGCUAAGUUGCUGGGGGGUCUUAAGUCCUUUGUUACUGAUUUGAUUACGAAGUUUGCAUCACUUGCUGAUCCUGACGGGAAGAAUAAAUUGCCCGGUUCACGUCUCUCCAAUGGCAAAUUGGUCAUUGAUUUCCUCUGCGAGUCUCUUGACUUACCAACCCCUCCAGCAUACAAAGACACAUCUGCAAACUUCUCUAAGGGAGUCAACUUUGCAAUUGCUGGAUCAACUGGUCUUCCUGGUGGUUUCUUCGCACUUCACAAGAUUGCUCAUGCGCUCAUGUGGAACGCGGUCCCUGAGACUUUCAAGACUCAGAUUGAUUGGUUUAAUAAGCACCUCAAUGAGGUUGAAUGUAAGGGAUUAAGUGAUGUUGACUGCAAAGGUUCAAUGAACAACUCAAUCUUCUGGGUUGGUGAGAUGGGUGGCAAUGACUAUUCUCGCACAUUAGGCUCCUCCCUUUCCAUUCCAUGGCUUACAGGAAUAAACGUUGGCCAUGUCUUCAACCUUGUAAAGACAUUGAUAGAAAGGGGAGCCAAGUACCUUGUGGUUCAGGGACUGCCACCGGCUGGGUGCUGCCCGUUGCAGUUGGCUCUGUCUCGAUUCCAUGACCGCGAUAGUAUGGGAUGUGCAUCCCUUGCCAAUGGAUUGAUUAAAGCUCACAACAAGCUUCUCCAGAGGAAGUUGGAAAUACUGAGGGAGCUAUUCCCUCAUUGUGUCAUUACAUAUGUUGAUUACACGAAUGCCUACAAAAAUGUCCUGUCAAAUCACAAGCAGUACAAUUUUCAAGAGCCCUUCAAGGCCUGCUGUGGAGCUGGUGGUGGUCUACUCAAUUUUGACGUGCAUCGUCUUUGUGGAUCCGUUGGCACGACUACCUGCAAGCAACCAGAUCACUUCAUUAACUGGGAUGGUGUGCAUCUUACAGAGGCCAUGCAUAAAGUUCUCUCUAAUCUCUUCUUCCACAAACCAGGUUUCUGUCAACCACCGUUUCUUAACCUGAUCAAGCACAAGAAAGGCUUGUUGAUAUAGGUGAAACAUAUUACAUAGCUCUUCCAUAUACGGCCCCGAAUAGAUGCAUUCAGAGAGCCUGACAAAUAAGUUCAUUAGAUACAGUGUACAUUAUUUUUCCUUUUUCUUGUAUUCAACCGCAACUGACUCGAUAAAAAGAAGAGUCACAGCAGGUGUAGAUUGAUUUGUUUGCUGCAAAAGGAAGACUAAGCAAACAUAGUAUCAAUCUUGUGUACCCAUCAAUGAUAAAGUAUAGAGAAGUGACACUAGAUUGUGUUACUCCAUUGUAAUAUCUAAUGGAAGAACAAUAAUAGUAUUACCGGUAUAUGUUUCCCUUCUGAUUUUCAUUUUUCUUCUUUGAGAGUGAAAAACAAUAGUAUUAACCGCGAGAACUUAUCUGGGUAGCUUGUUUGAGUGAAAUUGACACCAAUGGAAGUAUGAACCUGCACUCAAGCUUGUCAACAGUCGUAAUUCAACAAUUUACCAGUAAAUUCACUGUAUUAUCACACAUAAUUCAACCACAAACAAAAAUGAAGCUUAAAUAACUAAAUAAGACGAAUUAUCAAAACAAAAUGAAGCUUAAUAAGAGUUGCUACAGGGCUCUGAUUUAUCUCAUCAGUAUUGCUUAAAGAUUCAACAGAAAAGUAUAAAUGGAUUUUGAAAAUAUCUGAAAAUAUCUCAACACACUUCCAAUAUAGUUUGCAUGCAAUUCUCAACAUUUUCAUGAAUAAAAUAUUGAGCUAAUUCCGGAGAUGAACACUUUUCAGUGUGAGAAGGGCCUCAGUUCUUUAAUGUAGGUGUUGGUAGCUGUUUGCAAAAGGUUUGGCUAUUGAUAAUUUUAUAGCAUGUAAAUUACAGCAAAAGCAUGGGACUCGCAGGCAGUUUGUGUGCUUUUAUACUACACAGCAGAAUGGAGGCGCAGAGAAGAAGAAUCAACAUCUUGGCGAAACUGCAUUCAUAAUUCGAAGAAUGUGCAUACAUUUUCAAGAGCAUUCAAUCAUCGGAAGUCGGAACAAUGCAUUUGCGGCCAAAUUGUCAUAUAAAAAAUAAUCACUUUAUUGCUUUAUCUGUAGCAAAUUCAGAUUGCUGUGUAUAAUAUGAACCUUCACAAAGAGAGACAAAAAUCACAAAUCUCUACUUCUUACUUGGUACUGGAAACAGCCCUCUGUGAUACUCUAUGAAUACCCUACUAAGACUUCUUUACGUGUACUUCAGCGCCAACACUAGAGAAUGUUUUUGUUGUGAACCGUACAUAAUCACAAUAGCUGGUCAUCAAC